AUGGAACUGACAGGUUCAAACGUCGCGGCCGCCGGGCGCAAGAUCUACGAGGGUAUCCGCAAGGAUCUGGAGGCGAACCACUGGGGCAAACUGGUGGUCAUCGACAUCCACAGCGGCGAUUACGAAUUGGGGGGAAUUCGUCAGCCGGCACAGCGACAUGGAAAUCACCAGGCGGCUUCGCCAGCGGCAACCGGGCGCCCACACGUGGGCCGAGUUGAUUGGUCACCCCGCGCCCUACUACGAAAGACCCGGACGCUCCGAUCCGACAAUACCGGUCUGGAGGCGUGGGUGAAUAUCACCUUGGCCGGCAACCAACGCAUAUUCCAGACAGUGGAAGCCAUCGUGGAUACCGGGUACACCGGGUGGUUGACGGCGCCCGAAGCCACCGCCUACAGACUGGGCUUGGAAACCACGGACACCCGUCACGGUACUCUGGCCGACGGGCAAGACCGGGAGACUGAAAUUUGUGAGCGGUCGUGCUUUGGCAUGAGAGACCCGUGGACAUCUGGGUCGACGUGA